AUGACGCUCAGCUCAUCUGAGCACGCAGCGGAGGCAAUCCAGUGGUUUGUUUUUGGGCUGUGGCGAAUCUGGAAAACCAGGAACUUGGCUGUCUUUGAAAGUGCAAAAGCUGAUCCCAUUGAGGCUACUCACCUCUUGCUUAACCAAGUCACUGAAUACCGUGCUGCUAAGCAGGAGGUUCAGCCCCAGCCUCAUCAGGCCAUCAGCAGCUCUAUGGCCCAGAGCUGGUGUAUACCUCCGCCGAGUCUUCUCAAGGUGAACUGCGACGUCGCAUGGUUUGCUCAACUCUUGCGGGGAGGAGUCGGCUGGGUUAUCAGGGACAGCCAUGGUCUACUGUUAUGUGCUGGUGGUGAGGGAGACCUUCGUGGCUCCUCCGCUCUAUUGAUGGAACUUCUAGCUAUUCGCCACGCUCUCAGUGCAUGUGCCCACUUCCAGCUCACACACGUAAUGGUGGAGUCGGAUACCCAAAGAGGAAUCUCAAUGCUCAAUGGUCAGGCUACUGUAGAUUCCGAUCUGGAGGGAAUUGUCUUCGAUAUCCAGCAGUUAGUGGCUACUUUUUCUCAGGUCUCCUUUGUGUUUGCUCCUAAGUCCUGUAACCGAGUUGCCCAUACUGUUGCUGGUUUCGUUUCUAAACAUGGGGGUAAUCAUGUUUGGGAUCAUCUUGGAACUGACUGGCUUUUUAAUAUUCUAGCCUCCGAUGUAAACCUUACUAUUCGUUAUUAA